ACAAACGGAGCCGCGCACGCCGAGGGAAAGUUGGAAGCAGCGAAGCCAACGAGGGCUCUCCGCCUGCUCAGAGGCUGUGGGAAAGGAGCACCUUCCUCAGGUUGUCCUCAGGAGGUGGCAAAGCUCCGUACCUGCUAGAGCACUGCUGACUGCUGUCACCAAUCAAACAUGCAGAGUACCUGAGACUGCCCCCAAGACCUUGAUCCUAUGGUCACUCAGAGGAAAAAAUACAGGAGAGAAAAAGGAAGCAGUUGAGACCCACCAGCUGCCAUGCGGGAUCUGAUCCAGCACUGAGGUCCCAGAUGGGGCCAAUGGGUACAAGCAAGUCACAGGGCCAUAUCUUUCUGUAGACCAUGUCAUUCCUAGCAUACAAGGCUGAAUACCUGAAGUGACUCUGCAACGUUCUCCAAGGUCACUUUGGAGAGGGCUGUAGGGCUGCCUGGUGGACACUGACACCAAGUAGCAUUGAUGCUGGUGAGAGCAGGGCUGCUCCAUCCAUACAACGGCACUAUGAAUCAAUCUCACAACCAUACAAGCUCUCAAAAAAGCAACUUGCCCCUUCAGUUGCUGGCUGGGUCCUUCCUUGUCAUCCUCAUCAUAAUCACUCUCUGUGGUAACAUCAUUGUCUGUCUGGCCGUCACCUUUGACCGCCGGCUGCGCAGCUUGACCAGCUGCAUGAUUGUCUCCUUGGCCAUCACUGACCUCCUGCUGGCACUCCUGGUGCUGCCAUUAUCCGCCUUCUAUGAACUGUCCAAAGAGUGGCCUUUUGGCAGCACUUUGUGCAACAUCUACACCAGCCUGGAUGUCAUGCUGUGCACGGCUUCCAUCCUUAACCUCUUCAUGAUCAGCCUGGACCGCUACUUUGCUGUCACCACCCCUCUCCGCUACAGCCAGCUGGUCACUCGCUCCCGGGUAACUGUGGGUUUGGUUGUUAUUUGGAUUGUUUCACUGAUGGUCUCCUUCCUACCCAUCCACCUGGGCUGGAACACUAAUGGGACAGCAGUCCAAAACACAGUCCCCAACUGCAGUAAGGAGUGCAUACUGGAGGUGAACCCUCUCUAUGGGCUAGUAGAUGCCUUGCUCACCUUCUACAUCCCUUUGGUCAUCAUGUGCAUCACCUACUACCGGAUAUUCAGGAUAGCGAGGGAGCAAGCCAAGAGGAUAAACCACACGUGGUGCUGCAGCAGCAACACUCCCAUGCCACCCAUGGUGAAAGAACACAAAGCCACCAUGACACUGGCAGUGGUGAUGGGAGCCUUCAUUGUGUGCUGGUUCCCCUAUUUCACAGUGUUCAUAUAUCGGGGGGUGUGGGGGGACAGCAGGGUGAAAGGAACACCCAUGUCCGUUGUCCUCUGGUUGGGCUAUGCCAACUCGGCCCUAAACCCCAUCCUGUAUGGGACACUCAACAGGGAUUUCCGACUGGCAUACCAGCACUUGCUGCACUGCUGUAGGACUGGGGGCCCCAGGAGCUCCCACCUGCCUCCCCUCCAGAAGGCUCAGUUUCGGGGAAGAAGCUGCAGGCAGGAGGGUAAACCUCUCAAAUUGGAGAUGAGGAAUGGAAAAGGGAUCUUGCUGACUGAUGGAGCCCUCAAGAGUACCAGAGCUUUCCCAUGAGUCUCAGCCAGUCCACUGCCCUAGGAUCUGUAUCUCCCCGCCUUUUAUUCCUGGCUGCCUUCUAAAAUCCUGUGAGGUUGAAAGGAAAACACUCAGUUUUCCUCAGAGAGAAACUCAACAGCAGAGGCAAAGGUUGCAGGGAUCUGUGUCCUGGCACGGAAGAUUUUCUUCAUCCCCAGGCAUUGCUGGAGAGGCCUUUGCCUGCCCAACUUUCUUCCCAGGAGGGUGGUGUAUUUUAAGAACCUUCAAAGGAGCUACAGAAGAACCUUUUCCCUGCCCCAGUGGGGCUGGGACACCUCCAGUAUCAAGCCCUGCACCAGCAGGCAGCAGUGCCCAAGGACCUGGGUUGGGAGCCAACAUGUACCCCCAGCAGGGCCAGUAUGGGGGUGCUCUUCUUAGGUCCAGGGCAGUGGGUCAGGCUGAGAGAGUACAGGGCAAGGGAGGGAAAGGGGCUACUGCCAAGGUCUUGGUGCCAGACAGGCCAGGCUACGAUGGAGAAAGGGGAACACGGGUGCUACCCUCCACAGUGCCCUGUCCAAGGCAAAAGUUCUGGCAAGGUUGGGGGGCGAGGUGUGAUUUGGCAGAAGGGCUAAGGCAUGGCAUAUGUCAGCAGCCACAAAGUCCAUGCAGAGGAUACUUGGUCCUGUAGCAUCUAUGACAGGGCAAGCCUGCUUUCUGUAUCUGCUUCACACUUCCUGUCCGUGCCCCGUUGCAAGAAGAGGCUCUGGAGCCUGCUGUACCAUGGGGAAGACACUAAGCAACUGGGAUUUGUCCCCAGGCUCUGCCCUCCCUGGCAGCUCAACACUAAAACUGCCAAUACAGAGUAUUUCUGAACUGAACCUGAGCAGAAAUCAUCAGUGGUAUAAAAUCCUAUUUAAAACAGUGGGAAAAUGAGAUUAUUGAUUUCUUUGGGUAUGGUUUGUCCUGGGAAGAGCCUCCCUG